AUGAUUUUCUCGUCUCUAUUCCCCAUAUUUGGGUCAGCAUUUGAUUUUCCAUAUAGAAACACUCGCUACGAACAAACUCUUGAAGCAAGGUACUAUAAAUUCGAAGUUUGGGGUGCUCAAGGAGGUGGAAAAGAUAUUUCUAAUCACCAAAAUUCUGGAUAUGGUGGGAAAGGAGGUUAUUCAGUUGGAUAUUUAAAUCUACUUGAUCCAACAACAGUUUAUGUGAGAGUUGGUGGGUGGUCACUUUCUGGUUUUGCUUCAGGUGGAUUUAAUGGAGGUGGAUCUGCUUUUGGAGAAAGCACUUAUCCAGGGCAUGGCGGUGGAGGAGGAACAGAUAUUCGGAUUAAUGAAGAUGAUAUCUAUGCUAGAGUAAUAGUUGCAGGCGGUGGUGGAGGUGCUGAAUUUAAUGGUGUAAAUGGUGGUUAUGGAGGGGGAGUAAUUUUCCAUCAGGAACUAGAACAAUAA